GAGGAAAAAAAAAAAAAGACAACUAUUGUGUAAGGUUUUAACUAAACACUUGAAAACCUACUCUGAACUUAUCUAUCACCAACUUCACGCGCCGGCGGCAACAAUCUCCGACCACCGGAGAAAAUGGAAGCAUCAACUGAAACUAACAACAAAUUCAGUGAAGAGGAGCAGGUGGUCACUCCAUGGGAAGUUGCCGGCAACGGAGGCAAAAUCGAUUACGACAAACUCAUCGACCGUUUCGGUUGUCAAAGAAUCGAUCAAUCUCUCGUUCAACGCGUUGAGAAACUCACUUCUCAGCCCGCUCAUGUCUUCCUCCGUCGCAACGUCUUUUUCGCUCACCGUGAUUUUGCUGAGAUUUUGGAUGCAUAUGAAAAGGGAGAGAAUUUUUAUUUGUAUACGGGACGUGGACCUUCUUCUGAAGCUUUGCAUUUGGGUCAUUUGAUUCCAUUCAUGUUCACAAAGUAUUUGCAAGAGGCUUUUAAGGUUCCUCUGGUUAUACAGCUCACUGAUGAUGAGAAGUUCUUGUGGAAAAAUCUUACUAUAGAGGAGAGCCGAAGACUUGCGAGGGAGAAUGCAAAGGAUAUCAUUGCUUGUGGUUUUGACGUAUCAAAGACAUUCAUCUUUUCUGAUUUCGAUUAUGUUGGCGGUGCCUUCUACAGAAACAUGGUACAGAUUGGAAAGCGUGUGACGUAUAACCAGGUUGUUGGCAUUUUUGGGUUCAUUGGGGAAGAUCAUAUUGGAAAAGUUAGUUUUCCACCUGUGCAGGCAGCUCCAUCAUUUCCUAGUUCAUUUCCGCAUCUAUUUGAAGGCAAAGGGAAUCUCCGUUGUUUAAUUCCUUGUGCAAUCGACCAGGAUCCUUAUUUUAGAAUGACACGAGAUGUUGCUCCUAAAAUCGGAUACAACAAGCCUGCUUUGAUCGAAUCAUCAUUUUUCCCUGCAUUACAGGGAGAAACAGGAAAAAUGUCUGCAAGUGAUCCCAAUUCUGCAAUAUAUGUGACUGAUUCUGCAAAAGAUAUAAAGAAUAAGGUAAACAGAUAUGCAUUCUCCGGCGGGCAAGAUUCUAUAGAAAAACAUAGACAAUUAGGGGCAAAUCUUGAGGUAGAUAUACCUAUCAAAUACCUUUCUUUUUUCCUGGAAGAUGAUGCUGAACUUGAACACAUAAAGAAGGAGUAUGGAGCAGGACGCAUGCUAACUGGUGAGGUGAAGCAACGUCUAAUUCAAGUUUUGACAGAAAUAGUGGAGAGACAUCGGACGGCUCGAGCUAAUGUGACUGAAAAGAUUUGAAGCAAGAUUCAAAAAGGUUCAUGGUGGAUUUAGGUUGUGAGAGUUCUGGGUUUUUGUUGUGUUGAGUUUAUGGGGAAGAAAAGGAUAAAGGUGGAUUUGAGUCAAGAUAAUGAAGAAAAGGGGAUUGAAGACAUGUGAUUCUGGGUUAAGAAUAAUGGGAUUGAAGAAAAAUUUACAUAAGUGUCAUCUGAUCUGAAUCAGCUGGUUGGUCUAUUUGCCUCAGUCAAAUUUAUUGCUAUAGGGUCGUACAAUAAAAUUUAUUGUUUCAUUCAUAUGGUGGUGGUGUAUAUACAACCAUACUAUAAAUUGAUUUUACCAUAAACACAUACUAAAAUAAAAAUAGCAAUUGGUGACAUGAUA